AUGACAUCAACUGGUGCAAUCGAACGAAAAGCACUUGGUCGCCAUGGUAUUAUUGGUUCACUGUACGAUAUUCGAACAGACACACUGGAAGGAGGCAACUUGUUCAACAAAGAGUUACCGGAGUCAUUUAUCCGACUUCAGGACAGUGCCAAUGUCAGUUAUCAUAUCGAUUUCAACAACUCGCAAAAAGAGACAUUCAACAAUAUGAAUAUUGAAGCCAGUCUGAAAUUAAGCUUAUUGGGAGGAUUGAUCGAUGUUACAGGAUCAGCGAAGUAUUUAAAACAAACAAAAACAAAUAGUCACACUGUUCGAGUUACAUUCAUGUAUAAAGCGAAAACAAAACAAGAACACCUACUCAUAAAUACGGCUGAUUUAUACAAAUAUUUUUCACUUGAUGCGCUAGAAAAUCCAAAUGCAACGCAUGUCGUAAUUGGAAUUCUAUGGGGAGCAAAUGUAGCUGCUACAUUCGAACGAGUUGUUGAAAAUCGUGAAGCUGUGGAACAAUUAGAAGGUCAAUUGUCGGUAGUAUUAAAGAGUAUAGCUGGCAGUAUUGAAGGCAACGCAAAGGUCAACUGUGGGGAUAUAAAUAAAGCUGCUUUUGAAUCAUUAACAGUCAGCUUUUCCGGUGAUGUAUUGAUCAAAGAUUGCCCACAAACGAUCGACGCAGUAAUGAAAACAUACGUAAAUAUUCCCGAUCUAAUUAAACCAUUAAAUGGUGGAAAAGGACGACAAUUGGAAUUUGUUUUGUAUCCAUUGAAACGAAUUGCACAAAUGUUUAAAUUUGAAUUGAAAGUUGAAAGAUUAAUCAAAGAAGUAUCAGAGCAUUUAGUCUUUCGUAUUGAAAAUAUUUUUGAGCAAAUAUCAAUGACAACAAGAAAAUUUAACGAUUUUUUGGAUGUUAUUAAACCAUGGGAACAAUAUAUUCCUAAAGAUUGGUUGAAAGUAAUUAAAGAGAAAAAAGCGACACAUGCCGGUGAUGAAUUGAAAACACAACGUCAAAUGGCAUCUUUGUUGCAGAAAAUUCGCUCAGGCACUACUGAAGAAUCCAAAAUGGAAGAACUAAUCGAUAAAUUUGAUCUUGAAAAUCCAGGAAAUCCGGCAAACUACUGUGAUUAUGCGUUUUCGACCAUCGACAUCGACAAAAGUGGCAAAAUUAGCUUCGUCGAAUUUAUGAAUGCUGUUGCUCUUACACAACCAGGCGAUUUAAAAACACGUCUUGGUUUGGUAUUUUCGGUUUGCGAUUACAAUAAUGCUCAAACUAUCGAUGAUGGAAAAAUUGUUAAGUUUCUUGAAGUUAUAGCGGAGCUGGAACAUGGCGAAGGUGCGGUGAAUACGAACGCAGCAAAGUCCGUUGCCAGAGCAAUUAUGGAAUUAUGUGGUAAAAGUAAAGAUGGAGCAGUGAAAAAAGAAGAAUUUAUUGACUGCUGUGAACGAAACUAUGAUGAUCUCGCCGUACCAUUUUUGCCUCUUACAGAAAGUAAGUUACUAAGUUCUUGUUCAUCCGCUUUGGAAACGAGACUUUUCGACACCAGCUGAGGAGAAUAGCAAAGACUUUGAGAUCAUUUUGCGCUUGACCAAAAGAAAAAGGGCAUUGUCAUUGCACAAUUAUUGACGAUGAAGACACGGUUCUGAUCUGCCUGUUUUUUUUAUUCAAUUGCCUGAUUUGUCGUUCAAAGAAGUUGUCCUAUUUGAUCUGAUCUGAGAGAUGAGCUUGUUUUCGAUCUUUCGUUGAACAGUUCUCGUCACGUAGGCCAGAAGAGUUUUUAUCGUUCGGAUGAGUGGCUUGAAGAUCAAUCAAAAGCAAUAAAUCUUCUUCGUAUCUGUUCGUUCUAAUUGUUGAUUCCAAUGUAUAACCGUUUGAAUCCGUCAUACAAUGGAUCUCACGUGAGAUAGAGACUGCUGUUUGCUAAAGAUUGAAAUAACGAAGUAGGGUGAAUCCGCCGGGUUUCUACCACUUUUGUGGAAAAAUUUUUUUUUCACGAUUUUGAUAGUCUAGCUAGGCGGGGCAUAGUCGAAAACGGUCUGAGGUAGCAA